CCCAUUUAACUGCAACAAAGAAACACGACAGUCAAUUGCGUGUUCAGAACACCGCUGGAAUAGCAUCGUGCCCUUAACGGCGAAGAGUAGAAGCCUCGUUUUUUAUUAUUAUUUUUUAUUUGACAACCACCCAAAAAAAGUGACGUUUUGAGACGAGUAGAGUUUCUUCCGUGCGGAUUGACUGCAGCAUCUCUCUUCUUCUGAAGACAUUUGGGGCAUGAAAGCCAAUUACAUUCAUCUUUCAUUCGUAGCUUCCUCCUCCUCCAUCUACGUGUACCACACCUCAGUAGGGAAUUCUCACUUCAGCUGCAUCGCAUUGAUGAGGUAACAUCGCGCUGUGCUCAGGGCAGCACCCACCUGCACGAACACCACCCUCCCCAUCACCCCCACCCCCUCUUCUGCCACCUGUUCCAUAUCAGCCAUGGGCCAGAAGAUAUCCGGUGGCAUUAAAUCAGUGGACGGCCGCGGGGAAAGUGGUGGAUCCCCAUCCUACCGGCCCUCUGCUCAUCGCAGGCAGCACCUGGAGUUGCGGGGACCGGAUUUCUCGAAACCUCCAAGGCUGGAUCUGCUUCUAGACAUGCCUUGCGCCAGCCUGGAGACCCAACUUCGUCACGCGUGGAACGCAGAUGACCGUUCGCUGAACAUUUUUAUUAAAGAGGAGGAUAAGUUGACAUUUCACCGCCACCCGGUCGCUCAGAGCACGGACUGCAUCAGAGGGCGCGUCGGUUACACGAGGGGUCUUCACGUCUGGAGGAUUCACUGGCCCUCCCGGCAGCGUGGAACCCACGCAGUAGUCGGGGUGGGUACAUCUGAAGCUCCUUUACAUUCUGUCGGGUACACUGCCUUGGUGGGGUCGGACUGUGACUCCUGGGGCUGGGAUCUGGGACGCAACCGCCUCUACCAUGACAGCAAGAACCGGGCCCAUAACUCACUUCCAUCUUACCCUUCUUUCCUGGAGCCGGAGGAGGCAUUCACUCUACCGGACUCUCUGCUGGUCAUUCUAGACAUGGAUGAAGGCACGCUGAGCUUCAUGGUGGAGGGACAGUAUUUAGGAGUGGCGUUCCGAGGGUUGAAGGGCAAGAAACUACAUCCCAUUGUCAGCGCUGUGUGGGGCCAUUGCGAGAUAUCCAUGAAGUACAUCAAUGGACUCGAUCCGGAGCCACUUCCUCUGACGGACCUAUGUCGCCGAGCGGCCCGCCUGGCGUUGGGUCGGGAGCGCCUUCGGGAGAUCGAGAGCCUCCCUCUGCCCGAGUCCCUCAAAAAUUACCUCCAGUACCAGUGACUAACACCGGCAGAAUCCACUGGCACCACAAGGACACACACAGCCUAGCAGCAGGUGGGCAGGAAGGAAGCAUUUGAAGGAAACAAACCAGGAUGAGGGGGGUGGUCACGAGCUAACGUGCUACAGGUGGACUCACUGACACAUAAGGAGAGCAAUGUCUGGAGUUGCUCUUCUUUCAUUUUGGACUUGGAAUAAAUUAUUGACACGGCGGGGUGGAGGGAAGUGGGAUGUAGGUGACUGUCGCCACCUAGUGAUGAGAAUAGAAACUGUGCAGAGAAAAGCACACUAAUCCUACCCUGGAGGCCUUCUUGACAAGUCAGCGAGCACUGACACACGCGACAAGAGGAUCGGAGCACAAAUGUUUUCUAAUCUCAGCGACCAAAAAGCUCUCUUUGGGUUCAAGGCGUCAACAUGUUGCUCGGAUCUGCGUUGAAGCCCCUUUGCAGACAUGUUACACGGCUGGUGUCAUGUAGCUAAGACUUUUAUGUUUUACAUUGAGACUCAUUUCAACACGAAGUAAUGCAUUUUGUUUUUUUUUUUUAACUUAUUUGCCAUUAUGUCUUCAUCCUUUGAGGGGAUUUAAUGUUUUAAUAGUUCAUCUAAAUAAAGAAAAUAACACAAAAUAGAAUUUUAGUAGAUUUUUUAAAAUGCAUUAUUAGUGAAAGUAUUAAAUCGAUUGAAACAGGCUGCUUGUCUGAUCAUUACGUUUUGUUUUUAGGGUCUUUGAAAAAAAGUGACAUAUUUGAUAUGUUCUGAAACAUGUGAGUGUGUGAAACGUUACUACAAAGGAGUAAUAGGGCCACACGGAAAAGACAAAAAAUAGUAAAAUUAUGAGAAGUUUAAAAAAAUAUUUUUGGGACAGAUUUGUUUACUAUACAGUAUAUAUUAUAUGGCAUAUAUUAAUAGUGCACUGUUGCAUUUACGUCCACCCAUCCAUUUUCUGUAGCGCUUGUCCUCUGUGGCUGAGCUGCAGCCAAUCACCGAAUGGUGGAGGUGCACCCUGGACUGCUCGCCAGCCAAUCAAAGGGCACAUACAGCCAAACAACCGUUCACACUCACAGGCACACCCAAGGGCAACUUAGUGUCACAUUUACAUUGAAAUGGGAAUUUUGACAUUCAUUCGUUAAAUUAUCACUUUUUAAUGAAAAGAAAAUUACAGAUUGUCUUACUAUUACUAUCUUUUUAAAACGUUAUCUGGGCAGCAUUUUUCCCAGGGUUUUUUUUCUUCUUCACUACUUUGACUUGACUCUGGUCAAAUGUUUUUCCUCAGGAAAAAAAAUAAAAAUGUUCUUGUUAUAUUGGGAGUUUGUAUUUUUAGAAUGUAAACUUUCAAGUAUUGACAAAAAAACUGACACCGUGUUGUGUUAUGGAUAUGACUUAUUUUCAUAAUAUGACAAAAAAAAUCAAUAUACAAUUUUCUCAUAUCACAAUUUUAUUAUUGUAGGAACAAAAAAUAGAAACCAGUAGAUCAGUGGUUCUCAAACCUUUUACCAGUUUAGAAAAUGUUGGGCUUUUGCACACAGAUGGCUUACUGACUGAACUGCGUAAUUCACUGCUUAACUGCUGUAUAACCUUUUUACCUAUAGAGGGUACAAAUGGACAAUAACAUGGUCAUAGGGACCAUGACUUGCAUUGACUUGAAUCUCAAUAUUACUUUCAAUAAAAGGUAAAAGUGAUGUUAACUGUUCAUUAAUCUGUUUAAUAAGUCAUAUACAGUUACUUCACAUUGUUUUCUGUAUGUUAAAGCAAAGUUAUUCUCUUUAAAAUAUGUUAAUAUUUUUAGGUGUCUGGAAUGGAUUAAUAGGAUUAAUUGACAUCAUUUCCUAUGGGGAAAUAUUGCUUUGGUUUUCGUGUGAUUUAGUUUUAGUUAGACCUUUUGGACAGUAUUAAUCAUGAAAAACAAGGUUUCUCUGUAUAUAGAAAAAAUCUGCCCUUAAUGAAUCAGUAAAAAUGUAUUGAACAUAAAAGUUAAAAUGCAACUGAACUGUACUGGAUUAAAAAAAAAAAAAAAAGUUGAAACCACUGUACCGUAAUCCACAGUUUGAACAUUUAAAAUUGGUAAAAAAAAAUUCACGUACUACAACUUGGGAACCCACGUACCUACCACUAGUGGUACUCAUACCACUCUUAGAGAAUGACCUAGUCUAGAUGACUUAAAUUGGGUGUGAGUGUGAAUGGUUGUUUGUCUAUAUGUCUCCUGUGAUACAAAAGAAUAAAUUAUAGAAAAUGGAGGGAUAUUCUUGUAAAAUUCUAUUUUUUUUUUUGUAAAAUAAAAAAAAAACAGUUUUCCACUCUUUAAUAUACCAACUUUAUUUUUUUCCUCAUAAAUACUACUUUUUCUCUUGUAAAAUAUAUAUUUUUCUCUCUUCAAUUAUGACUAUAUUUGCCUAACACUUUCUGCUAAUUUUACCAUUUUUAUAUCUUUUCCUGGUGUGGCUCCAAUCAUCCUCUGUACAGGUACAUUCCAGUGACCAUGUUAACGAGUUCUGAUGUUCCUCUUGAACCCAGCUACAUGUCUGAAAGGGGCUUCAAUCAUACAAGUCAAAAUAAAUUCCUUUAUUGUUUCUUAAAUUGCACUGGACAGGAUACCUACUUUGACCAAAGUAUUCCAUGUGGAGCCGCACACACACACACACACACACACACACACAUACAUACAAUAUGUAUGUACACACAGUAGAAUUUGUCUGUACUCCGCGGUCGAGACCCCCAUUGCAGUGUAGUGCUAGCAUGCUAAUAAUGGCAGUACAGAUGCUUAUUGAACCUGCUGGAACUUGUGUGAAUGACAACAAGCCACAGAGCGGCUCUGCUUCUUCCACAACUGAUUAAAGUCUUAGAGUGGAACUUGCAAAAAUGACCUCUUGCACCGUAGCAGUUUAAGACUGAGAAUGCACAUGAUCAUUAAACACCCACGCGCACAAACACACUGUAUACCAAUCAUGUUUCAUUUCUGAAAAUAAAAUGCUUGAGUCACUUUUCUUUUUUUUUUUUUUUUUUUUUUUUUUUUUUUUUACAUCUGAGUUUGUGUUCUUAUUAAUAUUAUUGUGAGUGUGGAGUUUGAUUCUGAUGUCAAUAGUUCUUUGUUGUUAUUUUUUUUAACUAAUCAUUGUUACAUUCAGGUAAAUUUAUUACAAAGAUGCUGGUGAUGAAGAGAGGAAAGUGUAACCAUUUUUCUUCAAUGCUGCUUUUAUUAUUAUGAUUGUUGUUAUUAUUAUUAUGAUUAUUAUGAAACAUGAGCGGCGUGUCCUUCACAUGUAGAAUGUAUGGCGAGACGGUGCAGUUGUCAGAUAUGA